UAAUGAACAACAGGCAUUCAAGUAUUUAAGCAACCCCGGAACAAAUGGCAGUUCAUUGCACUGCUUGGUUUUGUGUCUUCCAUCACCAUGUUGGGAAUCGUAUUGUGUGUCCACAUAGCCUUCCUUGGAAUCGCCUUCGGAGACUUAACUGGCACCACCAGUUCAGGAGCAUUUGGUGAUGGAGCUAGAGGCAACUGCACCUGCGGCGGAUUCCCCACUCCAUCUCCCGCAGCAGACCAGCUUCCACUGCUGUCUCAGUCGCCGGGGCUGGUUGUGGCUUGCACCGAGGAAGGGGACUCUACCUGCAAGAGUCUCUGCCUCGCACUAGCAAUGGCCGCGAAGGCCAAAGGACCUGAGAUUCUGUGUAAUAGACUUGGUAACGCCGACGAUCUUAAGUUAUCUGCUUUUUACCAAGCGUGCGAUAAACCGUGGACCUACGCCGAUAUGUCAGCUGACGAACCGCUUUGCUGCGAAGACUCCAAAGUAAAAGUUUGCGAAUCAUCCGCAAAGACCGGCACCACUGAUGCUGUUGUCGUAUAAAACGACUUAAUCUCUAUCUACCGCCAUUCAUUGCCUGUAGUAUCAAAUGUGUAGUGGUAAAUUAAUAUAAUAUUAUUUUAG